AUGGCAGCCGACAACGUCCCCAUCACCGGGCUCGACGAGCUCGAUGCUCACCUCGACAGCCUCAUCGAGGACCCCUCGCUCGACAUCCAGCGUGCCCUCUUUGACCAUGUCGAACUCCAGCUCACAGAGUCCAAUAUCCCUUCUCUCAUCCCCAGGUUUCUCCCGAAGAUCACAGAGAUUCUCAAGGCUUUUCAGCAAGAUCCGGCCGUCCUCUGCAGCCUAGCCAUCCGCCUUCUGGAUCCCCUGACCCUGACCCAGGUCCUCUCCCUCGCCUCCGAGGAUGCCCUCAUACUCGCCAUGCGCUCCCCAGCGCCCUCCGCAAACCUACUCGCAAUCUCCGUCCUCGCCAAGGGCGCACGCUCCCCAGGGGAUGCGGCCAUCCUCGCCGUCAUGAAGCCCUUGAUGACGAGUUUCGUCACCCAGUGGCUCAGCAGCCCAUAUGUCGAGGUCGGCGAGAGAGCCUCUCGCGUGCUCGGCAGUUUGCUCGAGACGGACUGUGAGCAUUCCCAGCACGCAACUAGCUCGCCCUCACUAGCAGGCAGUGAUUAUAAUGCCAACAGUGCGCAAACAAUCGCCACCAGAGCCUCACGACCGCCGGGCCAGGGGCUCAUGUGGCGCAGGAUCUUUCAAGACCGCGACAUUUACGGACUCAUCCUUGCCUAUUGCAGCACUCGUCAACCCAGUCCAUCGCUAGACGAGAAGCAGCGCACUUUAGCCCAGGGCCGGGUCUUGCGCAUCCUGCCUCGGCUUGCUGCGCUGAACCUGGUAGCUGUGUCGCGGUCAGACUUGAAUGACCUGUAUCAGCAAUUCUCCACCACCAUCACAACAACGAGCACGACCGAGAAUAGUAAUGAAGGCAGAAGUGCUGGGCUGCUGCAGUUCGCCGCCCUGCACAUGAUAGACAAGGAAGACCAGCUCAUGCAGCUCAGCCUGGUCGACUUUUUCGAGACCCUCGUCAGCAUCCAGGCCACCCUGCCCUACUCUGCCUACAGGACAGACACGCUCAAGAGCCUCAUAGCGCAAGCCACGGCACAAGACGAUGGAUUACACCGGGCUCUGUCGACGUUGCCAGAGCGCACUGUGCCAGAAGAGGCCGAGGAGUUGGGCAGGUUUUUGCGAACAGUAUUAUGA